AUGGCGGUUUUGCUCCUCUCCAGCCUAAUCCUUCUUCUUCUCUGUUCCUCCACUCUAGGCUACUCUCUGACCCUCCUCAACGCCGCUCAGAUGCUUUCCAACUCCGGCUACCUCUCCAUGUCUCUCACCCUCCAACUCAUCUCUAAAACCCUCAAUCUUGAUUCCCCAACCGCCACCAUUUUCGCUCCCUCCGACUCUGCUUUCGUUCGCUCGGGACAGCCUUCUCUUAACCUUUUCCAGUACCACGUCUUGCCCAGAAGGCUUUCCAUCGAAACCCUCAAGACUCUUCCAAAGGGUACGAGAAUCCCCACCAUCGUCCCCAAGAGAUCGCUGAUCGUUACCGCUUCUCCGGCUUCCUCCGAUGGGUUCAUUUCGAUCAACGGCGUUAAGAUCGACGAGAAGGCCAGCUUCGAUGACGAUUCGGUGAUUGUAUAUGGAAUCGGCGAGUUCUUCAAGCCGAUUUCGAAACCGGCGGCUCAAGAAUCGAGCUCUGGUGCGAAAAUUGGGCGUAAGGGUGGUUCGAUUGGGGAAGGAUCGCAGGUCUGCGGUGUUCAAUCUUUUGAAUCCGUUGCGGAUUUCUUGAGGACCAGAGAUUAUUCGAUAAUGGCGGCGUUUCUCGACGCCCAAUUGACUGGGUUCAAUUCUCAGAUGGGGUUGACGAUCUUCGCACCCGUAGAUGAAGCAAUCGCCGAAGAACACCCGAAGAACAUCAGCGAUUUCUCGUUGAUUUUCCGGCAGCAUGUUGUGCCAAGAUUGCUGCCGUGGAAGGACUUGAUCGGAAUUGAUGGAGGAACAAAGUUGCAGACGUUUUCCCGAGGGUUUGUGGUCAAUGUGAGCGUCUCCGAUGGUGUUGUUUUGCUGAAUGAAUCUCCGAUUGUGUUUCAGGAUCUGUAUCAGAGUGAUUGGCUGGUUGUGCAUGGGCUUAGUAGGCUGCUUACUUCUCCUGCCGAGCAAGAUUCCAUGGAAGAUUCUUUCUCCGAUGGAUAUGUUGGUCCUGAUAGCCAUGAUUAUGGUGAUUAUCACUAA